AUGCCAACUCCAAUCCCGCCGAAAACAGAGAAGCCAACAACUCAACCCCCACCAGAACCAUGUCCGACUCUUCCACCUAGAACGGAAAAACCAACUACUAAGCCCCCGCCUCCAACCAAAGCCCCAGAACCUUGUCCGACUCUUCCGCCUCGAACGGAAAAACCAACUACUAAGCCUCCACCUCCAACCAAAGCUCCAGAACCUUGUCCAACUCUUCCGCCUAGAACAGAAAAACCAACUACCAAACUUCCGCCACCAACUCUCCCACCAAAAACACCACCACCACCUACCACUAAAGCCCCAGAACCAUGUCCAACCUUACCACCCAAAACAGAAAAACCAACUACUCGACCCCCUCCUCCAACCAAAGCUCCCGAACCUUGUCCGACCCUUCCUUCUAAGGCGGAAAAACCUAUAGCUCCGCAACCACCUCUAACCAAGGCCCCAAAACCAUGGGAAAAACCUUCUAGACAAGAAAAGCCUGUAUUACCUCCUAAGCAAGAAAAGCCUACAUUACCCUCAACACCUUCACCCGUAAAACCAGGAAGAAUUCCACAACCUUGUCCAUUAAUACCACCAGUGCAACAAAAACCAACUAUUGCACCUCUCCCACCAACAAAAGGUCCCGAAACGAUUCCAACGCUUCCACCUAAAAAGGAAACUCCAACUCCACGUCCAACCAAAGCUCCAGAACCAUGUCCGACUCUUCCACCUAGAACGGAAAAACCA